AUUUCAUUCAGGCAAAGGGCUCGUAGCUUACUUGCGCUGGGUUGGCAUCAUCUGCUUAUGGUUGGCACACUGUCUUCCUGAGAUGUAGGUUGCCUUCCGUGAUUGCAUAGAAUAGGUUAGACUAUUGUACAUCCAUGUUGGUUUCACAACUUAGCAGACAAUAGACUCUCGUUAUGUUUAGACAAUACACUGUUAUAAUGUCCUAAUAAUAGCAGCCUACAGAGGAGGAGGCGCCGUAGUCUUGGACAGCGUGAUACAGCAUCUUUGCAGAAGGGCAUAUCCAGAGGGACUCCUCAGCAGGACAAAAUGGCUGACAAAAGUGACCUGAAAGCGGAGCUGGAGCGCAAGAAGCAGCGCUUGGCUCAAAUCAGGGAAGAGAAAAAGAGAAAGGAGGAAGAGAGGAAAAAGAAAGAGUCAGAGACACAGCAGAAGGCCGAGGUGGCCCCUGUGGACUCGGAUCUGGACCGGAAGCGAAGAGAGACGGAAGCGUUGCUGCAGAGCAUCGGCAUCUCCCCUGAGCCCCCCUUAGUCCCGACGCCCAUGUCCCCCUCCAAAGUGAGCACGCCCAGUGACACCGGCAGUCAGGACUCUGUGGAUGGUGGAACGGCUGGCAGGACCCUGCAGUGGGACACUGACCCCUCUGUGCUGCAGCUGCAGGCCGACUCUGAGCUCGGGCGUCGGCUGCACCGACUCGGCGCCUCCAAGAUCACCCAGGUAGACUUCCUGCCCCGCGAGGUGGUGUCCUACUGCAAAGAGACCCAGACUCCACUGGCAGCCCAUCAGUCUGAAGAGGAAGAAGAGGAGGAUGAAGAGAUCACAGAGCUCAAAGCUGGCCCAGAGUCUGAGACACAGGAAGAGGAGGACCAGAAGGAGACCAAAGAAGGCCAUCCUCGCGAGCUGACUGAGGAGGAGAAGCAGCAGGUCCUGCACUCUGAGGAGUUUGUCAUGUUCUUCGACCGCAGCAUCAGGGUGAUGGAGCGCGCACUUGCAGAGGACUCCAGCAUCUUCUUCGACUACAGUGGCCAGGACCUGGAGGAUAAGGAGGGGGACUUACAGGGUGGCUCCAGUCUGUCCUUCAGCCGUCUGUUCUACGACGAGCAUUGGUCCAAGCACCGGGUCGUCACCUGUCUGGACUGGUCGCCCCAGUACCAAGAGCUCCUGGUGGCCUCGUACAACAACAAUGAAGACGCACCCCACGAGCCGGACGGGGUGGCCCUGGUGUGGAACAUGAAGUUCAAGAAGACCACGCCAGAGUACGUCUUCCACUGCCAGUCUCCAGUGGUGUCGGUAGGCUUUGCGCGGUUCCAUCCCAACCUGGUGGUGGGGGGCACCUACUCUGGUCAGAUCGCCCUGUGGGACAACCGGAGCCACCGGAGGACGCCGGUCCAGAGGAUUUGCCCCCCCUGUGCACAGUAACACACCCACCCCGUCUACUGUGUGAACGUGGUGGGCACCCAGAACGCCAACAACCUCAUCACCGUCUCCACCGACGGCAAGAUGUGCUCCUGGAGCCUGGACAUGCUGUCCCAGCCGCAGGAGAGCAUGGAGCUGGUGUACAACAAGUCCAAACCGGUGGCUGUGACAGCGAUGGCGUUCCCCACCGGAGACGUGAAUAAUUAUGUGGUUGGAAGCGAGGAGGGAACGGUCUACACAGCCUCUAGACAUGGCAGUAAGGCUGGCAUCUGUGAGAUGUUUGAGGGCCACCAGGGUCCAGUAACAGGCAUCAGUUGCCAUGGCGCUGUGGGCACCGUUGACUUCUCCCACCUCUUUGUCACCUCCUCCUUUGACUGGACUGUCAAGCUGUGGAGCACGAAGCACAACAAGCCACUGUACUCGUUUGAGGACAACGCAGACUAUGUGUACGACGUCACCUGGUCCCCGACACACCCCGCCGUCUUUGCAGCAGUAGAUGGCAUGGGCCGCCUGGACCUGUGGAACUUGAACAAUGACACAGAGGUACCCACUGCGAGUGUGACCGUGGAGGGAGCGCCCGCCCUCAACCAGGUCCGAUGGGCAUCGGGUGGCAAGGAGGUGGCAGUGGGCGACUCAGAAGGCCGAGUGUGGAUCUACGAUGUUGGAGAGACGGCGGCGCCACAUAGCGAGGACUGGGCGCGCUUUGCCCGCACGCUGGUGGAGAUCCGUGCCAACAGGGCGGACGGAGAGGAGGAGGACCCGGCGGAGUUGGCGUCGUAAGAGCGGGCAGCGCUGCCACCACGGACGUCCCUCUGUGCCCCACAACCACCGCUCUCUGUUCUCUUGAUGCCGUGCUACAGAAUCCCCCCAGCACCUGGUCCACAUGUGUGUGUGUGUGUGUGUGUAUCUGUGUGUGCGUGUGUGUGUGUGUGCUUGCGUGCGUGUGUGUUGUCUUCACUACUUUUCCAUUGCUCUCUCCAGAUAUGAUUGAACAUUCGGAAUAAGGAGAAGCUGCAAGAGCUUACUGUAGUCUCUGUUGUCCUACUGUGCUGUGUCAGUUCAUUUAAAGGUUACAUGCUGGGCCGUUUCCUGGCUGCGUUUAAAUCACUAACCGAAAUCAACUAUUUAUUGGCUUGAUUUAUUGAUUUGUUUGUUUCAUUUGCCAAAUGCUAAUGGAACUUAACUGCAUUCGGAAGCAGAGUAUCAGCUCAGGCCAAAAAAAUGUUGACUUUAUGUUUUUCAGCCGUGAAGCUUUGGCAUUCAUCCAAACAACCAUGUACAAUUUUAUUAGUUGUUUAUUUAUCUGUGCUGUUUUUAAUGCCACAGAAAAUGGCUUUACGUGUUUACUUAACAUUGUCAUGUGGUAGCCACAUUGUCGUAGAGACGUGGAGGGAGUGAAGUAGCAUGUUUGUCGAGCGAAGCAAAUUAAAUGUGGCUCGAACGGCAGUGUUUUAUCUUAUGUUCUCGUUGCUUGCGUUGUGUGCAUCUCUCUCUGUCUGCAUGGUCCAAUCACACAGAGCAACAGAUACUAUACAGGACUACUAUGUACUCUGGUAUUUAGACAUGCUUUUGAUGUUAAUCCUAAAAUGCUGUAUUGUCAGUGCAAGAAAUGGGCACUGCAAUGACCUUGCUAAGUGGCUAAUAGCUAACUGUCGUCUUAAGCUAAAUCAGGGAGCCAAUGAAAGUUUCCUGAAUUUCUUCUGUGUGAGGAACGUUGUUAACUUAUAUUCUUUUUGUCAUUUUGUUUGAAAAACAAACUGUGAAAUGGUGUGAUGGACUAAGUGCAAUAUGUGAUCCACUGCUACCCUGUAAGUUACUGCCAAUAAAAUAUGGCAAACCCCAA